AUGACUACGAGAACUCCCCUUUGGCUAGACUGCGAUCCCGGUCACGAUGACGCGUUUGCCAUUAUUCUCGCCGCAGAGCACCCAAGCUUCGAUCUCCUGGGGAUCUCCACCGUUCACGGGAAUGCCUCCAUCCCCAAGGUAACAAUCAACACCCUUUCUCUCCUCACCGCCAUCGGCCGCACCGAUAUUCCGGUCUACUCCGGCUCGUGCAAACCCUUUAUGCGCCCUGCUGUCCACGCCCCGGAUAUUCAUGGCGACUCUGGUAUCGACGGAACAACUCUCCUUCCAAAACCCCCGGCGGAUAUCAAGGUACAGCCGGAGAAUGCGGUGUUGGCGAUGUACAAUGCGAUCAUGAAGACGCCAAAAGGCACUUGUGUGAUCGUUGCGACAGGAACAUUGACGAAUGUUGCAUUGUGCUUCGCGACGUUCCCGGAGACGGUAGGGCAUAUCAAAGAGGUUUCAAUUAUGGGAGGUGCCUUUGGAGAGCGUAGCGACUCAAAGGGUAACAUCACGAAAUGCGCUGAGUUUAACAUUUACUGUGAUCCUGAAUCCGCCCAAUCGAUAUUCUCGAAUCCUCUGCUUUCCGGGAGGAUAACACUUGCACCGCUCGACCUGACACACACCGUCCUCGCUGGUCCACACAUUCUCGAGGCCCUUCUAUACCCCGACGGCGACAUGACUAAGAAGCCAUCAAACCUCCGCCAGAUGCUCCACGAUCUUCUCACGUUCUUCUCCAAGACCUAUGUCGAAGUGUUUGGUAUUACCGACGGGCCACCACUACAUGACCCAGUCGCUCUUGCAGCAAUCCUGCCUACUGACGAGAUUUCGUGGGAUAUUGAGACAGUUCGUGUGCAUGUAUCGUGCAACGACGACGAUCAAGUCGGAAGGACGCUCAAGAGGCCCAGAAACCAGGAGGUCAAUGAGGUUCGUGGAGAGCAAUUGGGAGCACCGGGAGAGCUGGUUGAGACUCUUGUGAAGAUCCCGAGGAGCUGUGAUGUGACUGCAUUUUGGUCGGUUAUUUUGACGAGCGUGGCACAGGCGGAUGGAAGAUAUACCUGGGAGUAG